AGCCCAAACCAAACCAAACCAAACCAAACCAAAACCCACACGUCUCUUUCACCAUCUCUCUCUCUGUUUCCAAUCGGACAUACAUAAAAUCCUUGCACAAAUUCUCUUUUUUUAUCUUCGGCUAACCGCAUGGCAGCGCCAAAGCCGCAACGAACGACGUCGCUAGGAGACCACUCCACCGACUCCUAUAAGAUGGAAGGCAGUGGUGGCUGGGACGACACUCUCGAUUGGUUCAAGCUCGAGGAGCAGCAUCCAGUGUCUAGGUCAGUUUCACAUCAUGCAAAUUACAAGUGUUUGCUCGAGUCUGAGCGUGUCAUGGUUGAGGGUCGCGGUAUUGUUCUUAUUAAUACUGAUGAGGCAGGUACCUUGCUGGUGACUAAUUUUCGUCUUAUUUUUAUGAGUGAGGGGACUGAAAAUGUCAUUGCUCUUGGUACAAUCCCAUUGGCAGCAAUUGAGAAGUUCAGCAAAAUGGGGAAGGCUGUGUACUAUUGCGCCCAUCCUCCCCCAACCUUUGCAAUAGCUGAGGAGCACUUUGUACACCGGGUUGUAAAGAAUCAAUCUGCUCCUCGUCAAUCUGAUAAGAGUCCGCAGCGACUUCUCCAGGUCAUCGGCAAAGAUAUGAGAAUUAUUGUCUUUGGUUUCCGCCCAAAAACAAGACAGAGACGUGUUAUAUUUGAUGCAUUGCUGAGGUGUACGAAGCCGUCAAGACUCUGGGAUCUCUAUGCUUUUACUUGUGGACCUUCAAAAUUCAGUAGCGUUAACCCAAAAGUGCGACUGCUCAAUGAGUAUUUUCGUCUUCUCGGAAAAGGCUCCCUUACUGCAUCAAUGGAUCUGAUUGAACAUGGGUCUUAUACACUGUCUAAUGAGUUGUGGAGAAUCAGUACUAUAAAUUGCAACUAUACAAUGUGUCAGAGUUAUCCAUUUGCAUUGCUUGUUCCAAAAUCCAUUAGUGAUGAGGAAGUGCUCCAGGCAUCCAGUUUCCGUGCCAAGUGUCGGUUACCUGUGGUUACUUGGUGUCAUCCUGGAACUGGAGCAGUCCUUGCACGGUCAUCCCAACCCUUAGUGGGUCUUAUGAUGAAUAUGAGGAGCAACACAGAUGAGAAGCUUGUUGCUGCACUUUGCUCUCAACCUGGUGGUGGAAGGGGGCGAAGGAAGUUAUAUAUUGCAGAUGCAAGACCCAGAAAAAAUGCUUUAGCAAAUGUAGCCACUGGAGGUGGCUCAGAGUCAUCUUCUAAUUAUUUCCAGUCUGAGGUAGUUUUCUUUGGGAUAGACAACAUUCAUGCAAUGAGAGAGAGUCUUUCUCGGCUUAGAGACUACUUAGAUACUCAUGGCACGACUUCAUCAGAUGGAAUGUCAUCAUUCUUGAGACAUGGUAAUUGGACCUGGGGAGGGGGCAACCUCAGCAGUAUGUCUGCUUCUGUAUCAACCCUUGGUGACACUGGUUGGUUGAUACAUGUUCAAAGUGUCUUGGCUGGUUCAGCUUGGAUUGCUGCACGUGUUGCUUUGGAAUCAGCAUCGGUGCUUGUACAUUGCAGUGAUGGGUGGGAUAGAACUACUCAACUGGUUUCACUCGCUAAUUUGUUGCUUGACCCAUACUAUCGAACAUUUGCUGGGUUUCAGGCACUUAUUGAAAAGGAUUGGCUAGCAUUUGGACAUCCAUUUGCAGAUCGAUUGGGAAUUCCAACUGUAUCCGGAAGUGGCAGCAUGCCUUCUGAAUUAUCUCGGCAGUCUUCUGUUGGGAGUUUUUCAUCAUCACCUGUGCGGCAAUCAUCAGGAGCAUUCACAUCUCAAACUCCUAGUUCUUCUCAUGCGCAGAACAACUAUUCCCCCAUAUUUUUGCAGUGGGUUGAUUGUGUCUCACAGUUAAUGCGAAUGUAUCCUUUUGCUUUUGAGUUCUCCUCGGCUUUUCUGGUGGAUUUGUUGGACUGUGUACUUUCAUGUCGUUUUGGAAACUUCUUCUGCAACAGUGAAAAGGAGAGACAGCAAGUUGGUGUUUCUGAAGAUUGUGGAUGCUUGUGGGCUUAUUUAGUUGAUUUGCGUUCUUCAGGGGAAAGGUCUCAUGCACACUAUAACCUUUUCUAUGAUGCACAAAAACAUGAUGGUCCAUUGUUGCCUCCAGCUGCAGCUUUAGCCCCAACUCUAUGGCCACAAUUCCAUCUCCGAUGGGCUUGUCCCUCAGAAGCCCAAUCUGGAGAGGUUGAAGCUCAAUUUAGGAACAUGUCUACGAAGUUUUUUGAAUUACAGAAGGCUAAAGAAGUGGCUGAAAAGAAGGCUAGAGAAGCCACUAUUGCCAUGGAAUCAUUAUCUGCAGAAUUACGGAAUGAGAAGCAACUCAGUGGCUCUGCAAGGGCCUUGGCCAAGAGGGCCAGCAAGGAAACUGCAGCCAUAAGGAGAGCCAUCCAGUCAUUGGGAUGCAAGGUUCACUUUGCAAGCAGUGGUGAUACUACUGUAGAUGUUGAAACCAGCUCGAUAGGCACUCCACAAAACCUUCUGCAUUCUUCUUCAAAAAGAGAAUUUGAUGGUACUCUGCAGCAGGAUGAGAAAGAUCUCUCUGUUUCAGUUACAGUAGUGGCAGAUGAUGCUGUUUCCAACAACCCCAUUGGUCGAGUAUGUGAAACUUUAUGUCCACUACGCACAAGAGAUGGAGGCUGCCGAUGGCCUGAAGCAGGUUGUGCUCAACUGAGUAGUCAGUUUGUUGGGCUAAAAGCAAACUACGAUGCUUUUGAUCGGCUUUCAAUAUAUGAUAGUUAUUUUGAGACAGAAUGAAGAUUCCUUUGGACUUGCUUGCCUCUUUCUAGUUUGGACGAGGCAUCGAUUUUUGUCAUUAAUCGGCUGAGGAUCACCUUGAAGAGGUAAAUAUUUAGAUUAUAUUGCUUUUUUGGAAGAAGUUAAAAACUUCUUUCAGGUCGGAGGGGAGGUCAGGGAUAGGAACAGCACAUUAAGAUCUGACCCUAAUAUUUUAUACGGCCGCAGAACUCUCCAUGUAGGGACUAUAGAGUUAGCUGUAAAGCAUAUUAGAUUUAUUCAUUCCUGGUAGCUGGGAGAGAACCCCGGAGUGAUAUAAUAGAAGGCCUGAUUCUGCAUUCUGGCGGUCAGGUUUUUCAUCCUGUUGGAUGAGGAUAAGAUUACUGCCAUUCAUAUUUUUGUCUAUUAAGGCUAGAUCUUGUACAGGUGCCAAAUUCUUUGGGUAGUUUACAUUCUUCAUGUAUACCCAGAAUCAAAUAAAUGUACAAUGUCACUUUUAUAAGAAAUUCCCUUUUCAUGUUCAA